GUGACCGUCUUAUGAUGUCACUCUUAUGAGUGUUUUCUCAAAUCUUGGACAAGAGCACGAGGAAAUGAAGAGGAAAAACCUUUUAAAAAGUAUUCAUAAGAAAACUUAUUUCUCCAAGGACUCAGAAUAGAGCUUUUCUAUGCAGAGCUUUGAUCUCUCUCUCUUUUUUUAUAUUUUUUGAAACCAACAUUCAGAAAGUGAAAGUACAGUUGGGCAUCUGAACUCGUUAUAAACAGCCAAAAUGGAUUCACUCUGUGUGGAGGAACUGUCCUGCCCCGUGUGCUUUGAAAUCUUCAAGGCUCCCGUGCUUCUGUCCUGUAGUCACAGUGUCUGUAAAGCGUGUCUUCAGCAGUUCUGGAAAACCAGAAGCACUCAGGAGUGUCCCGUCUGCAGGAGAAGAUCCUCAAAACAGGAACCACCGUAUAACCUCGCUUUGAAAAACUUGUGCGAGUCGUUCCUGAGGGACAGAAGAGAGAGCUCACCUGAGGAGGUGUGCAGUUCUCACGGAGAGAAACUCAAGCUCUUCUGUCUGAAGGAUAAAGAGCCUGUGUGCUUAGUGUGCAGAGAUUCACAGAAACACGCUAAUCACACAUUUCAGCCUAUCGAUGAAGUCGUUCCAUCUUACAAGGAGGAGCUUAAAACAGCACUGAAGUCCUUACGAGAAAAACUUAAAAACAGAGAAGAGAUCAGAGGAGAGUACGAUAAAACUGUUCAACACAUAAAGACUCAAGCUGUGCACACAGAGCGUCAGAUUGAACAUGAGUUUGAGAAGCUUCAUCAGUUUCUCAGAGAUGAAGAACAAGCUACGAUCUCUGCACUGAGAAAGGAAGAGGAGAAGAAGAAUCAGAUGAUGAAGGAGAAGCUGGAGGAGAUGAACAGACACAUCUCAGCUCUUUCACACACCAUCAAAGACAUCGAGGAAAGAAUGAAAGCCAAUGACGUCUCGUUUCUAAAGAACUUUAAUGUCACAAAGGAAAGAGCCCGGGGCACUCAGCCUGAUCCAGAGAGGUGCUGUGGAGCUUUGAUUGAUGUACCGCAUUACCUGGGCAAUCUGGCAUUCAGAGUCUGGAAGAAGAUGCAAGACAUUGUACAAAACACUCCAGUGGUUCUGGACCCAAACACUGCAAGUCCACAACUUGUCCUGUCUGAUGAUCUGACCAGUCUGACACACAACAAGAGCAGGCAACUGCUUCCUGAUAAUCCCGAGAGAUUUGACUUCUUUCACUGUGUUUUGGGUUCAGAGGGCUUUAAAUCAGGAACACACUGCUGGGACGUGGAGGUUGGAAACAAUUCAGCUUGGACUGUGGGAAUAAUGGCAGCCUCGUACCAAAGGAAAGGAGAUGCUUUCUUCAGAGAAGGUGUCUGGUAUGUGCAGUACACGGGGAAAGAGUACUUGUCACUGUCUCCUGAACAACCUGCCGCUCGCUGUCCUGUUAAAGACAAGCUCCAGCGCAUAAGAGUUCAUCUGAACUGGGACAGUGGAAACGUGUCGUUCUCUGAUGCUGUAACUAACACACAGCUGCGUACAUUCAAGACCACCUUUAGAGAGAUGCUCUUUCCAUUCUUUCAGAGUAUUUGUGAAACGUCCCCGCUGAGGAUCAUUCCAGUUAGAGUGAACAUCAGCUCUGUCUGAACCUGCUUGUAGAUGAAGGUUUUCAAGUGAACUUUGAGGAGUGAGUUGUGUUGCCUGUGUGUUUAGAUAGGUUAGAUAUAUGGGUCAUUCCAUGAAAUCAGUGCCUUUUCCACUUAUAUAAAAUAUUAAAUAAGUUUAAUCAACACUUUUUAUAUAUCCAUGAAAUGAAGACACCUUAAAAUGAAAAGAAAUUGUAUUGUGCCAUCUUAGGCUUUGUAUUUGAUUAUUUUAUGACUAUUUUUCUACCUCAUAUUUUGGUCUUUUUGUCAACCCUGUUACCAACACAAGCGUUAGAUACUACAGUUUAAUUAGGACUAUAUGAUCGUUUUCAUAUAAUGAGCAGCAUUUUAGUCCCUCUUUUCACUGGGAUUGUUUCAAAUUCUGGAUUUUUUAUAUUUUUUUAUUUUUUUAUAAAUACUUUUAUAUUUUUUCAUUCAGAUGACCAAGAACAUCAUAAUUUUGGAGGAUGACGACAUGUCAAUUAGGGAAAAAAAAUAUUUUUACAAGUGAGAUAUUAAAAAAGGGUUUUGUCCAAGAUAAAAUAUUACAAAAAAGUUACAAAACCUGGAAGUCUGUAUCAAAUAUAAUUUUUACAAUUUUUAUGAACUUAAUGGCAGUAACAGGAUUGCCAUCAUAGUCACAGGACUGACAGGGAUGACAGGGCACACAUUCUUCAGCACGCUGCACAUAUAUGCUUACAUAAUACUGUGCAGUUUUACAAUUUUAAAUUGCAUUAUAUCGUUUUGCACUUACUUAGCAUAGUUAAAUAACAACAUUAAACAAUCAAUUUUUCAGUUUAAGUCAGAUCAUUUUUGAUUUAGCACAUUACAUUUCUAAGAGAUCUAAUGUUUUAAGGGUAUUGGUAUUAGAUAAUGCACCCACCUGUUUAUCUGUGUCCCUCACAGAUCUUCAAAUAUUCGGAUCGGGUUCAAUUGUUAGGCAAGGAAGAUGAUCUGAUCUUGGUCUUUCUGUGAUCAUCUGAAACCAGACCAAGAUCUUGACUUUCUUGAACACUGCAAGACUGGGGUGAAGGUCUGCAGUCACCUUGCUGCUCUUGUUUGUAAUUGAAUUUACAUGGAUGCAUUAUUGACAAUGAGCUAUGGGGGAAAAAGAGUUUUAUUGAGACUGACCAUCCUAUCCGGGUCAUUAACAACAAUAGUAAUAGUAACAAUACCAAUAAUACUAACUAAAAUGUAACUCAUGCUCAUAUGCCACUGAAUGAUAUAAGCAUUAGCUCAAUAAUACAGCCAGGGUGACCUUUAAAAUUUUUGCAUUUUAUGGGGACUAUCU